UGGAUUCACUGUUAUAUUGAUAUGAACGAUGCUGGUUGUCUGGGACCUGAUGUCAGUAGAUACGGACCAUUUUACUCAGUUUGUCAGGCACUUUUCUACAUGUUCAUUUUUCGGCACAAGCAGUUACUCGACCUUGAAGAAGGAUUGAAGUACUUAAGAAGAUUGAACCUAGAUAGAAUUGUUACUUGUCGAAUGAAUCCACUGAAGGUUUGCUUGCCAACGGUUGUUAAAAUGUUUGCUCACAUCACAAGGCAACAUGAGCUCGUCUUCUGCUACACGAUCAUUGAACAAAAUAACAGAAUGAUGUUGCCAGUGGCAACGCCAACAUCGAGCCGUGCGGUGUUAAACUUGUCUUUCAUGAAUCAACUGGACUCCUUCUUUCCUUUUGAUCCAUAUCUUUUGAGAAGAUCAAGCAAGUUUAUCAAGUCAUGCUAUCAAGAAUGGGAGGGCAUCGAAGAAGACGAGGUAGAUGAGGAUGAAAAGAAGCAUUCAGAAGGAGAGGAUGAGGCUGAAGAAUACUUGGAAUACAGCAGAAGCCCAGAUGCAACAGUACCGGGAUUCACUCCUGACACACCCAUGUGUGUCUCUCCUGGCUUCAUCUCCUCGCCUAUCACACACUUAACAGUUCAAGUGAAUGCUGUGAACAGAUCACGAAGAUAGAGCGCUCAGUGGUACACCGGUUCCAGUGCACUGGUCAGAGACAAGAGACCUAUGAACCUCAUUCUGGAUUGAACCUUGCUACAUUUACAUCACUGCAAAAUUCAAGUAUUCAGUUUGGUCAGUCAGUCAUUGCAACAACGAAUCAGGAAUGAUGCAAACGUGCUUCUGGGCCCAAUAUCUUGAGUUGACUUCGUACCAAAGUGAAACCAAUACCUUAACUUGCCAGACUUUCAGAUUAUUAUAGUGACUUCAAUGAUGUUCAACACAUGACGAAGAG